AUGUCAACAAUUGGGAGCUUUGAAGGGUUCCAGCCAGUGUCUCUGAAGCAAGAGGGAGAUGACCAACCCUCCGAGACUGACCACCUGUCCACAAAUGGGGGGGACUCAGGCGAGGAACCAGGACCAAGGCAGAUUUCAAGACAACCAAGUGUGACUAAAUCGACCCUUUACCCCAAUCCUUAUCACCAGCCCUAUGCUUCACGAAAGUACUUUGCUACACGGCCAGGGGCCAUUGAGACUGCUAUGGAAGACUUGAGAGGCCACAUAAAACAGACUUCUGGAGAGACUGUUCAAGGCUUCUGGCUCCUGACAGAGAUCGACCACUGGAACAAUGAGAAGGAGAAGGUCCUGCUGCUCACGGAUAAGACCCUCUUGAUCUGCAAAUACGACUUCAUCAUGCUUAGCUGUGUGCAGAUGCAGCAGAUCCCCCUGAGUGCCAUCUGUCGCCUCUGCCUGGGCAAGUUUGUCUUCCCGGGGAUGUCUCUGGACAAGAGACCAGGAGAAGGCCUUAGGAUUUGCUGGGGGAGCACUGAGGGGCAGUCUCUACUGUCACGCUGGAACCCAUGGUCCACUGAGGUUCCCUAUGCUACCUUCACUGAGCACCCAAUGAAAUACACCAAUGAGAAGUUCCUCGAGAUUUGCAAGUUGUCUGGGUUCACCUCGAAGCUUGUUCCAGCUAUCGAGAAUGCUCGCAAGGAUUCUGCUGGGUCUGGAGGAGGAAAGGAACUCAUGGUGUUAACCCAACCUAUCCUGAUUGAGACCUACACAGGGCUCAUGUCAUUCAUUGGAAACCGGAACAAACUUGGCUAUUCGCUUGCUCGGGGGAGUAUUGGCUUUUGA